AUCCACAAACACAUAGCACCCAAUCACAGCUCACCACCUUCAUCCACUGUUUUUUGAUUCUCUCUCUCCUUUGAUGCCUCCUCUUUGAGUGGCAAACUUUGUUUUAAGAUUCAUUCCCUGAAGCUUGGUCACUUUGCUUUUUCAGCUUCCAUAUAUUACCCUCUUUUCCAUUUGGGGGCUCUUGUUGCUUUUCUUUUUGUGCUUAGUUUGUUUUCAAUAUUUCUUUCUCUGUUCUUUGUUGCUCUAUAGCAUCAAGAAAAGGGAAUUUAAAAAAAGAGGGACUUUUUUAAUAACAAGGUUUUCUUUUUCUCUUUCUCACUUCUUCUUCUUCUUCGGUACCUCAUAAAUUCUGAGUCUUUCUGCUAUUUCCUAAUUGGGUUUGCACAUUCAUUGUCUCUGGCUUCACCCCUUUUGCUUUUUCUUGGCUUCCAAUUACUUUCCCAAUUGGGCUAAGCUGAAGUUGAAGGUGCAGAAAGAGUUGCCAGAUUUUUCUCUCUAAAAAUUGUCAAGUUUUUUUUUUUUUUUUUGGAUUUUUUUUUCUGGAAUUUUGGUGUGUCUCAAUUCCAGAUUAGUAUUUGAGAGGGAAGUUCAUUGGAUUUUAGAUCUCACAAGUGGUUCUAGGGUUUUCUUUUUGGACCAAUUAGGCAAUAAUCUUGAACCUCAAUUUGGAGCAUUCUCUUUGAUUUUUUUACAAAGUGGGUCUUUUCUAGAUUCCUGAGGAGCAUGCUUCCUUUCCUACACAUAAAAAAGGGUAUUCUGAUUCCUUUAAAAAAUGCUUGUUGAUUUAUCCUUGAUAAUGUUGUGGUAAAACCUCCACCUCUGCUUCUCAUUUAUCUCUCCCUCUUUCUCUCUCUUGUUCUGAAUCAACCCUGUUUCAUAUAAAGUUGUAAUCUUUCAAGUGAAAUCUUUGAGCCCACAAACACACACCCAAACCAAACCAAACCAUCCUUAAUUGCUCCAAACCUUCUUCUUCAUGCUACCUUAGUUUUUGUUGUGUGUUUCUUGUGACUUUGGUGUGUGAUGAAGUGGGAAAUGGAAAUCCUCCCUCCUCCGACCGCACCAUAUAUUCACAACUCGAAUUGGCUUCUUGAUGAUAACAGGAACAACACCAAAUGGACCCCUGCAGAGAACAAGCUCUUUGAAAAUGCUCUUGCAGUGUAUGAUAAGGACACCCCAGAUCGGUGGCACAAAGUGACUGAGAUGAUACCUGGAAAAACAGUUUUGGAUGUGAUAAAGCACUACAAGGAAUUGGAAGUUGAUGUUUGUAACAUAGAAGCUGGUUUGAUCCCAAUUCCUGGCUACACUACCACUUCACCCUUCACCUUAGAUUGGGUGAACACUCCUGGCUAUGAUGGCUUCAAAGGACUCACUGCAAAGAGAUCCUCCUCAGGUAGAGCUCCUGAUCAGGAAAGGAAGAAAGGCGUGCCAUGGACUGAAGAGGAACACAAAUUGUUUCUACUGGGGCUGAAAAAGUAUGGAAAAGGUGAUUGGAGAAACAUAUCACGCAAUUUUGUGAUUACUCGAACUCCAACCCAAGUGGCAAGCCAUGCUCAGAAAUACUUCAUCAGGCAACUUUCGGGGGGCAAAGACAAGAGGAGGGCAAGCAUCCAUGAUAUAACAACGGUUAAUCUCGCGGAGACCACAAGAACUUCUCCUUCGGAAGACAACAAGAGAUCCACUUCACCUCAGCAUUCCAUGAUGGUCUCACACCAGCAGCCAAAUCCUAGUGCCGCCUCGUCUGGAAUGCAUUUUCAAUGGAGUAAUCAGCCAAGUGCAGGAGUAGCUAUGGCACUGAAUCCAGCACAUGAGCAAGUGUUCAUGCCUCCUUAUGGCCUCAACUCUUAUGGAUUUAAAGUGCAGGGUCAGAAUCUGCACAGAAAUUCUCUUCAUGAGUCUUCUUACAUAGGACCUCAGACCCAAAACAUGGUUUUCCAAAUGCAUUCCUCCCAAAACUAUUCCCAUGCAUGAUGUGGUGGUGGUUGUAUUGAAUUAUUGAUGGCUAGAACCAGUAUCUUUUGUUCACUACUCUAGUACAGUGUUUGUGCCUAUGUGAAUGAAUACCUUACAUUAGAAUAUUAGCUAGUUCUAGCCUUCUUGGUGUAUUAACUUGAAGGAAGGUGUUGAAAAUUUGUUUCUUCAACAACCUUAAACUUAUGAAUGGUGAACAAACAAGUACCAAAACUUGGGUUUUUCAAUGUUUUUUAAGAAUAUUGGAUUUUAAGGUAAGUUUAGAAUGAAAUGUUAACUUUAAAGUAAAAAGAGACACGUGCAAUGGGAAGGCAUUAAUGUAUGUGAAGGAUCCUGUUAGUGGAAUUGUAUUUAAAGGUAAAUAGCAAGAGUUUGAGAG